UCAACAAAACUGCAUCCCGGGGAAACUGGACUCACUGGUGAAAUGAGGGAUCACUAAUCUGGUUCACAGACUGCUGAGAUUUCCUGGGAACAAAUCUCACAGGUUCCUCCUUUGGGAAGUGUCGGACAAGCAGAAGUAUGAUGACAGGAAGCGCAGGCCCGUCGCCAGCUGCAGAGUCGGCACGUCGACAUUCCGAAAAAGCUCAAAUCCAAGAUAUUAAAGAGAGGUUCAGUAACUAUAUUGGGAACGUAAAAUCGAUGAGAAGUCAGCUGAGACAGGGUGACGGCUCGUCUGCGUCUCAGCGCCGCCGGGAGGAAAUCGUGACCAUCCGGAACAUGUACGAGCAGGAAAUGGGAAAGCUGCGAGAAAAGCUAGAGCAGAACUAUAGGGAGCGGAGCGGGGACUAUCCCAGUGGUCACAGCGGCACAAUGCUAGCUACGGAAUAUCAGGACAGAAUCUGGGAGAUGAACAGAGACAUCGUGAAAAAGGAUGAAGAAAUCCGAGCUCUUCAGCUGCUGGUGGCGCAGCAGGAGUCCAAUAUACAGUCGUUAAAGAACGCCGCCGCAACCCCAACCAUACAGCUGGAACUGGCAAAGCAAGAUCUCCGGGAGGUGGAGAGGAAUAUCCACAUGGCUCAAGCAAAAUACGAGGAAGAGUUUUCUCAGCGUGUAAAACUUCAGGAGGAUUUGGUGGAGCUGAGACAUCACACGGAGAACAUAAAUCAGCUACAUAUGAAGGAGUCACAGGACCUGAGAGAGCAAGUUGUGCGGGCGGAGGCCUUCGUACUCCAGCUGGAGGACAAACUGCGGACUGUAAGCCGGGGAGGACCCGCUCUCAUGGAGAUUGUGCAGAAGAUCCAGGACGCCAGCGAAGUGGAAGUAAAGCGUCUGCAGAAUGAGACAGAGACGGUGUAUAACCACAGUCUGCUGGAAUUACAGAUGCGACUGAACAACGAUCAGAUGCUGCUGGGACAGGCACAGGAGGAGAACCAGCGCUUGCACCAGAGGGUGGAGGAAUUGACCAAUGAGGUGAAUCUGUUAGAGAAAAAGCUCUUCUCAGAGGAGAUCAGCAACAGGACGCUGGUGGAGAAGCUGGAAGCAGAACACGGAAGAGGCCUGCAGCACAUGCGGGCCAUGGAGGCCAGGCUAGAGGGCAUGCAGGAUCUUCUCCUGGCCAAAAUGAAGGAGCUGAACACGUUCCAGGAGAGCAAUGUUUCCCUGAGAAGCGAGCUGGACACCCUGAGAUCCAUGCUGGAGGAAGAGGAGCAGCAGAUGGGCACCGCUCAGUUGAAUUUGCCUCAGAGCCGCUCCUCAUCCUUGUACCUAUGGGAAGAUCCAUUGCAGUCAUCCAUGCCGAACCUGUUUCCUGAUUAUGCCGGGAUAUCCGGAGCUCUGUCCUCCACUGCCAGGCCGGAAGGAAAUGAUUUAUCUGAAGGAGGAGAAGAAGAAGAUCAUCAUGGCCAAACUGAGCAGCUUAAGAGGCCGGCUUCUGCCCCUGCCCUCACUACGCACAUCCAAAACCACAGUGAGGGUGACUUCUCCUCAGGCUCAAUGACAGACAGUGCAGAUCCUAAAUCCAGCACCACUCCAUCAUCGACGAAUAGUGACCUCAGAAGAGCACCAGUAUCCAGCGCCCUCGGUGAUCUUGAGAUCACAGAUGUUGAUCCCUGCGGCAAUUUUGUGAGGAUCAUUAACCGAUCUCCUCAUAAAGAAGAAGACAUUGGGGGCUUCCUCCUGCAGCAGAACAUUCGUGGACAUCCUGUGUCAGUCUAUCGAUUCCCACCGAAAACCAGAAUCAUGGCAAGCAAUGCAGUGACUGUUUGGGCCUCUGCUGCUGGUAUGCCUCACAACCCUCCAACUGAUUUCCUGUGGAAGCAGCAGAGCAAGUUUGUGACAGAGCCCCGGUGUACCACCAUCCUGUGCACCCCAAAUGGACAAGCCACGGCGUGGUUCACUCCUGUAAGAAACAAAAUGAAGAAAUCAUCAGAUAAAAAUAAGGUUUUUAAAUCAGAGCCUAAAAUCCAAUCACCUCUGCCAUUAUCUGAGCCGAGUAAAGUGGAUGAAGAACCAACAAAUGGUAGAAAAAGCCAAUCAUCAAAAUCACCGCGUGAUCAUCAUUUAGUAGAGAAAGUACCACGGCUACUCAAUAGAGAGAAGACACCACCCGCAGUCCUUCCUGCUACAUCAAGCCCAUGGACACAGAGUACCACGUCCCCAACUCACCCCGACUUCUCUCCCAGCCAACUUUUGCCUUCGGGAUAUGAUGGGAUAAGCACGUGUCGUCAGUGGCGGUCACACACGGCUAAAGCAGAGCCCCCUUCAGGUGUACCGAGCCCAGGGCCCAAAAAUGGCAGAGAUCCAAGUGUUAUCCAAGGCAGCAAGAAGAGCAGAGGACCCACCCGGUCAGCGGGGGCAAGAAAAGGAACUCUUAGAAUCCUCCUCCCUGGAAGCUUCUCCUCACCCUCCCAUCAGCACCAGGCAGGGCUGCAGAUAUUGCAGACCGUGCAGAACCUUCCUUUCCAGCCUCCGAUGCCACAUCCUCCGGCGCUUACAUCCUGGUGAUCUGGAACCAUAGACAGACUAACUCCCGGGGAGUCCUGUAUCUGGGAUAUUCCGCACCCGCUGGCUCUGUUCUACAUAAGUUUUUCUCUAACUCCUCCUAUAACAUCAGGCUGGCUAGUCACGUUUCUCUGGUCCCCACCGUCCUGUCCGACAUCUGAUAAGCUCACAAUAAACAGCGGAGGCGUGAAAUGA